AUGAUCGAUCCGCACACAUUAUUAGGCCAAAUCUUUAUAUCAUUGCCCUAUUUGAGGUGGUCUAUUCAAGCCUUUUCUACCCCAUUGCCGUUUCUUUUUUGUCCUAUAAUCUCAGUAUUCAAUAGCCCCUUGUCGCCUAUAACCAUUGCUAGCAAAUCUGAGGUCCCUUCUGGUCUAGGAGAUUAUCUAGACAACUCGACGGCUUGCCAACAAGCUACUUAUGAAGAGGCCUGGGACCUAAAGAUGGCUCGUCGUCUUGGUACAACGGUGGCCCAAUUAGCUACAGCUCCAGUCGAAAUGAUCCGAGCCAGCUUUCUACAGACUAGCACGCUUAUUUCGGACCAAACUGGACCGUUGUUGGACGUUACCAACGAAGAAGCAAGCAACACUUCUAGUAAUAUUGACACUAAUGACAGAGGUAGCCAGCAAAAGCGGUUGGUCGUGGAAGGCAGGGGCGAUAAGAAGGCAUCCUUUUGUCUGCCUUCUGAUGUAGCACCUAAGGGCCUCUGUGUGGAGAAACAGCAUCAUGAUUCUUUUCCUUGCUCGACCUCCUCGGCCAACUUGUUGGCUCCUGAUGCCCGUACCGAGGUCCUUACGGCCAUGAAAGACGCUGUUCAAUCUUGGCAAACUACACAGCCUAUUCGAAUGAUUGAUGCUGAUUUAAGGCUGCAACAGUUGAAGUCAAAACAGUCACAACAACAGCCUAGCAGCCAAUGCAAUCAAAACAAUCUGCGACAACCUCAGCGUCGAUCAAGUCUUGUUACGAGGACUAAUCAAAGUGCUGCUAAUAGUUUCCCCUUGAGCUCAGGUGAACGGCAACCGUUGCAUUCGCAUGGAGCUAAACUAAGUCCAGCCAACUGCGAACCUGCAAAGACAUCAUCGCUUCAGGUACUUUUUAUCUCAUUUUUUUCCAAUCUCCUUUGA